AUGCAAACGUACGCGAGUGGUCCACAAGCGUGGCAUACGAACAGUACGUGCGAAACGGUGUGUUUGCGCCAAACACUGACAAACGGUUUGGGCUUUUGUUUGCAACAAAUCAAACGCCAAACAAAUUGCAAUCAAAACGGCUUUUCGGCACUCAUUGGACGCGCAACGCAUUCACCGGACACUUGUCGGCCGCACAUCCGGCCCACUACUGGCCCCCCAUCGCCACAAUCGCCGCGUUUAACGCCAUCGAUCGCUCAUUCAGUGGUUGAUCGCCGCAAAUGGCUAUCAUUUCGAAUGGAUAGCUAUAGUAUGGACGAGACAGUGGUGGCCACCGCUGCCAUCGAAGACAAUCUCAAUGAUGAGUUGGACGGACAGCAAUCCAACGCCAAUAUAAUGAUGAUUAACGCCUCCAAUGAGGACGUGGAGGACGAGGAACAGGAGGACAAUGAGGUGGAAGAGGGCCAACAGGAGGCCGUCGAUGACUUGGAUGACAUAAUCAUUGCAGAAGCCGUUAUGGUGACUCAAUACAGCUGUAAGUUCUGUAACCGACGGUUUGACUCGAUCGACAAAGUGAAGAACCACUACCUCUUGAGACACAACAACGCCACCGCCAACGACAGCACCGCUUCCAAUAGUGACGUCAAACCGACCAUGAAUUCAGCGAAGACUAAGACGAGGACGAGGGGACAGUCGAGUCAGGAGUCGGCCGACGAGGCCUCGGAGGACAACGCAGUGGCCGCCCCUAAGCCCAAGAGACGUAGACCACCGCCAAAGAGGGGUAAACCGAAGGCUCAGAACUAUAAGAUAGAGAUCGUGGGCGACAUCGAUGACGACGAGUUCCUGCAAUCGCAGUCCAAGAAAAGGGGUCGAAAGCCCACUGGAGUCAAACGCAAGUACCCGUGCGAUUGGCCCGCAUGUACUUAUGUGGCCAGACAUUCGGUCCAUUUGAAAGACCAUAAGCGCACCCAUACGGGAGAAAAGCCCUAUAGGUAUGAGUCCCCUCCAUCGUGUGCUCAAUAUGUGCUCAUUUUAAUGGUGGUCUACCCCUCAGAUGCAAUUGGCCCGACUGUGGACACAGCUUUGUUCAGGGAUCUGCUCUUAAAGUAUGUCUACCCGUUGUAUGCAUUAGAACUUACUCACAUCCGAACCCAUACGGGGGAGAAACCCUACCCAUGCGAGUGGCCGGGCUGUACGUUGAGGUUUUCUCAGAAAAACAAUGUAAAGGUUCACAUGAGGACACACACCGGGGAGAAGCCGUAUGUGUGCGACUGGCCUGGCUGUGAGUGGAGGUUCGCUAUUAAAGGCAAUUUGGGUGAGUUUUGA